UGAAAUGUGUUUCGGCAUACUGAAGACAUAGCUCCCUUUGGGCAAUAACUGUCACUUCCAGUUGAGUCCAUCAGUCUUUCUGAGCCGUAUGCCAUAUUAGGAUGAAAGUCAGUUGGCUUUCCCUCCUAUAAAAAACUUGAACGCUCGUGUUUCUGCAGAUGCUUUCUUUACCUGCUGUUGCCAUCCAACAACUAACCAUGAUCUUCCAGACUGUUGUGCUCAGUGUGCUCCUCUGUUCUGUCCACACUUUCACUUCACAGACCCGCCGACUUCAGACUGAAAAGAGUGAUGAAAACUCAGGAAACACCUUUGAAGAUGAAGAACUGAGCAUCUCCGAGCUGAUAGAGAAGGCCAAUGUUAAUGUUGGAAAGAACUCUGACGACCCUCUGCUGAUGUUUGGAGACAUAGUAGUGCCAACGGGUCUACAAAACGCUGAUCCCUGCACUGGUCGGAAUCCAGGGUGCCUGUGGCGUAAAGCCAGCGAUGGAAACGUCUAUGUACCUUACCGCAUCUCCAGACAGUACUCACAAAGAGAAAAAAACCAAAUCAUCCAAGGUCUGGAUUCAUUUGCACAGUCCACCUGCAUCCGCUUCAGACGCCGGCGAAACAGAGACGUAGACUUUGUGGACAUCCGGUCUCUCUCAGGGUGCUUCUCUUUUGUGGGGCGUAUCGGUGGUGAACAGAGACUAUCACUGCAACGAGGGAGCUGCAUUUCCAGGAAGAUCAUCCAACAUGAGCUACUCCAUGCCCUGGGUUUCCACCAUGAACAAACCCGAUCUGACAGGGACCAGCAUGUUAGGAUCCAACUGGAGAAUGUCAUUGAAAGACAGGAGCAUAACUUUGACAAAGUCAAUACAAACAACCUUCGCACUCCCUAUGACUACAACUCUGUCAUGCACUACGGAAGGACUGCCUUCUCUAAAAACGGGCGGGCAACCAUUGUUCCCAUUCCGAAUGAGAAUGUAUCCAUCGGGAGAGCCACCACCAUGAGUGCAAAUGACAUUCUUCGAGUGAAUCGCCUUUAUCGCUGCAAUGUAACUGCAACCAAACCUGCAAUGAAGCCUGUGAAGAAGAACCAGGUCUUCUAGAAAUGCAAGAAACCAAGAAGACGUGAAACAGAUUGAUGCAGCUUUUUAUCUACAUGCAAAGCCAGCAAUGCAUCUUGCGUUUCCUGAAUGAGCUUUAAUCAAGUACUUAAUUCUGCUUUUAUGCUGAUCCAAAGCCAAGUGAAAUGUACUAGCAACUGAGCUGUUCAUUCUCAUCAUUCUAAAAUGAAUUGAAUAACUGCUUUGCCAGCUUCAUGAAAUACUAAAAAUAAAUAAAAUAUACAUUUAAUCUCAAA